CCUGUCGCCUCCGCCAUCCCAACCUGCGGUGUUCCCUGCAUCCAAUCCGCCGCGUCCGCCGUUGGUUGUGGCGGAGCUGAUUAUUCGUGCCGAUGCACCAACUCUGCUGCCAUCCAAAAUGGUGCGCUUGGGUGCGUAGUCGGCAAUUGUGGAAUUGAUACGGCGCUGCAGGUGCAAGCUAGCGCAAGCGCGGUUUGU